AGAAGCAUUUUCUGGGAUGGAGUGAUGGUUGGAUUUCUGCUUUUAACAGCUUCCCACAAGGCUCUUUCUCUUGGGGGGUCAAAGUAUCCCAGGGCAACCUGUUGUGGGCACAUUGGUGCCCACAGUGGCCGCCUCAGUGCCUGGAGUGGCCGCUGCGCUGGACCUUCCUGCACACCCCCGUGGAUGUGGUGUGUGAUCCCGGGAGGAGCCGUGGUGGCCCCGGUGCCCAGCCCAGCUCUUUGGACCGAGCCGUUAAUCAGUAACUGGGCUGCGGGACCGGCGCCGUGCGGCCGCGGGCUGGUGGGAAGCAGGUGAUGACUCUGCCUUCUCCACGCAGACCUCUGGGAUUACUCCGAAGCAAGGACAACGCACACAAAAUCACGCUUAGAGUCGAUCGCUGCCUUCUCUGCUUUUCCCUUGUCCUCCAGCAUUGGUCCCUGGCACAGCUGCUUCUCUAAUGCAUUGAAGCUGUGGCCUUCCUGGAGAUGGAAGGGAACCAGAUAAGCCUGGACAGCCUGGAGAGGGGCGUAGAUAACCCAGCUUUCAGCACCAGGGAGAAACUCUAUGAAGAAUGUGGUGACCCAUGUGGUGAGAGCAAAGAGGAGAGGAAAGGAAAAGGGAGGUUCUCCUCCUACUGCAGGAAGGCCCUGCAGCCAACAUCCAAGGUCAAGCGCUUCUGCAAGACUCAUGCGGAGGCGUUGCGAAGGGUUGUCCUGGGGCUCCUUGUAGUAGCCUACCUGUGCUACUUCAUUGCCGCCUGCUGGCUCAGCUUCCAGCGAGCCCUUGCCUUGGUUGUCAUGACUGCUGUAGUUGUCUUCUUCAUCUGUUGGAGCCUCUUCAAGAAGUACUGUGGGGCAAAGGUGUUGCUGCUCCUCAGCCCGGUUUGGAAAUGCUUCCAAAAGUCCUGGCCGUGGCUGAAGUGGAUGCUGUGGGUGGCCAUCCUAGGAGGCCUGAUCGCAUGGCUGGUUUUGGACACCUCCAGGAACCCAGAACAGCUCAUCUCGUUAGCUGGUUUCUGCUUCUUGGUGCUGUUCCUGUUUGCCUGCUCCAAGCACCAUGGCGCAGUGUCCUGGAGAGCCGUGUUCUGGGGUCUUGGCUUGCAGUUCUUAUUUGGGCUCUUUGUCCUCCGAACAACCCCUGGCAUACAAGCGUUCCAGUGGCUCGGGGACCAGAUCCAGUUCUUCCUGGGCUACACCACAGCGGGCUCCAGCUUCGUCUUUGGGAACACGCUCAUUGAAGAAGUCUUUGCCUUCCAGACUCUGCCCAUCGUUAUUUUCUUCAGCUGUGUGACGUCCAUUCUCUACUACCUCGGUGUCAUGCAAUGGCUCAUCAUCAAGAUCUCCUGGCUGCUUCAGGUCUCCAUGGGCACCACUCCUACUGAGACCCUGAGUGUGGCCGGGAACAUUUUUGUAGGACAGAGCGAAGCCCCACUGCUCAUCCGCCCGUAUCUUGCAGACAUGACCCGUUCAGAAAUCCACGCAGUGAUGACCGGUGGCUUUGCCACCAUUGCGGGCAGUGUGAUGGGUGCCUACAUAUCCUUUGGGAUAGAUGCAGCGUCACUGAUUGCAGCCUCGGUGAUGGCCGCGCCCUGUGCUCUCGCCAUGUCCAAGCUCAUCUACCCCGAAGUGGAAGAGUCCAAGUUCAAGGGCAAAGCGAGCAUCCGCCUCUCCAGAGGGGAAGAGCAGAACAUCCUGGAAGCUGCAAGCAAUGGGGCCGCUGCCUCUGUCGGGCUGGUGGCCAACAUUGCAGCCAACCUGAUUGCCUUCUUGGCAGUGCUGGAGUUCAUCAACGCUGCUUUGCGCUGGUUUGGGGAAAUGGUAGACAUUGAGGGGCUCUCCUUCCAGGUGAUCUGCUCCUAUGUCCUCAUGCCCCUGGCCUUUCUCAUGGGGGCGGACUGGGCAGACUCCCCGCUGGUGGCCGAGCUCUUGGGGAUCAAGAUCUUCCUGAACGAGUUUGUGGCGUACCAGCAGCUGGCCACGUACAAGAAGAACCGUCUGGCAGGCCUGGAGGAGUGGGACGGGAGCCGGAAGCAGUGGAUAUCUGAGCGAGCCGAGAGCAUCACCACCUUCGCCCUCUGUGGAUUCGCCAACAUCAGCUCCAUCGGGAUCAUGCUGGGAGGCCUGGCCUCCAUGGUUCCCCAGCGCAAGGGUGACUUGGCCUCCACCGUGCUGCGCGCCCUCCUCACCGGCAUCUGCGUCUCCAUGCUCAACGCCUGCCUGGCAGGUCUCCUCCAUGUGCCAACGGAGUUGGGCGACUGCGUAACCUUCCUCAGCACCACCAACUUCAGCUCCAGCAGCUACACCACGUACAUGUGCUGCCAGCAGCUCUUUGCCAGCGUGGGGAUCAAGAAUGGCACACUGUCCUUCACGGGAGCCUGGGCUGGCCUGGAGGAGGGUGUGCGGUGCCUGUCACAGUGCUGCGGGCGCUACAACCACACAUCCUGCCUGCACACAACCUAGGAUGGCGCAGGGAGCUGCACGCUAGGGGGAUGGGGACCCGGGAGCACCACGGCCUGGUCCCAGCGGUAGAAGAAACCCCAUCGGAGCCCAGUGAUGGUGGACAGCCCCAUACACCUUGCAACCACCACCCUUGGGUGCUUGCCCUCCUGCACCCAAAGGAACUGCUCCCAAAUAAAUGAUGGCAAUGCCGAUGCGCCACCCUCAGCCCCCACUGGCCCCCGGGCAGCGUGAGGCACUUUGCAGGUGCCACCCUCAGCGUCCGGCCCCCGCCACCCCUGCGGGCUGCAGAUGGGGGUAAAGCCGGUGCUUGAAGACGUUCCCAUCCCUGAACAUGAAGCUGCCCCAUCCUGCCCUGCGUGGGGGCAUUUUUUCCUCAGAGACCAUAGCGUUGGGAACAGGCCGGUCCUUCUCUCUUUAUUGCACUCGGGAGCACCUUUGCGCCAGCACUGCCACGUUAUGUCCAUCAUUAUUUUACAAUGAUCCAACAACGAAGCACCAGGGUGUCAGAGCAUGCUGCGCUCCCAGGCUCUUCCCUCCUCUGCCAGGCUGCUCCGAGCCAUCUUUCCAGCCAGCAGCGUUGCUGGCGCCCGGCCCUGUCUCUGUGCUGUGCGGGAGGUGAAGCCGGCAGCGCUGGGGCUCUCAGGGAGCCUCGCUGCCCGCCGCCACGCUCUGCCAGCUGCCGCACACCUGAGUGAGCCAGCAGGCACGAGGGAGGCUGGGUGCGACGUGGGGCGCUUUACAUCCCGGCAGGAGCCCCCCUGCCCGCCCAUCGCUGCCUCCCACUCCAGCAGUGAUGCUGGGCAGGGUGUGGGGGCUGCUGGUGGGCAAGGAGUGGUGAUUUCUGCCAGCUGGACACCUGCCUGGGCCAACGCAGCACCUGGCACCGAGGGGAGGUGUCCCCUUCACCCCGUUCCCGGGUGCCCUGUGUGAGGUAGAGCAUCCUUACCCAUAGCAGCACCACCGCCCGCAGCAUCCACCCGGGCAAGGGGUGGGGAGCUCAUCCUGAGCUGCAGGGGAGGGCAGGAGUGCAAAAUCCCAUCCCCAUGCAGCCGCUGGGACCAGUGCCAGAGCCCCACGGAAGAGCGGGAGCCAUUCAACCCCUCUGUCUGCAGCAAAGCCUUUGAAAUCCUGGGGUGCCAGGGCUCACGGGACUGCCUGGCGCUGCUGGGCUUCGGAGCACCAGCACGGUGCCUUUAUGGAGGAGACGAGGAGGGACGUGAGGUGCUGGGAGCCAGGAGGGCAGCCUGGACUCCCGGUUUGCUCGGGAAAGCCAGGCAGGGGGCACGGCGCCUGCAGAGCCCAGAGCAGGGCUGACGGCUUUUCCUUAGGAAGACAAAUGGAGA